CUGACUGAACCAGGAAGGCUCAAUCGUCACUCGCGUCUUGUGCCUGAGGGCCAGGUCCGAAGAUGCCGCUGGGGCGCGAGCUCAAGAUAGUGACUGCCGAUCAGCUGUCGGAGAAACACCCCCUGGGGGAGGGGGGCUUUGGCCGGGUGGUCCGGACAUUGUAUCAUCCCUGGGCCAUGGAGGUUGCCAUUAAGAUGCUUCAUGGGACAUCCCAGAGGCUGGAUGAGGACAUUCUCCGGGAAGCGGAGCUCAUGAGCAGCCUGCAGUUUCCCCAUGUGGUCUCUCUUGUGGGCCUCUACUGCCACCCCGACGAGCCGCUUGGUAUUGUGAUGGAGUUCCUGCCCUUUGGCUCGCUGGCCUCCGUCCAGGAGCGGCUGAGCCUCCUGCCCGCCCUGCGCGUCCGGCUCAUCCAUGAGGUUGCACUGGGGAUGAACUACCUCCACGGACUGGACCCUCCUCUCCUCCACCUCGACCUCAACCCUCGCAAUGUCCUGCUGGACGGAGAGCUCCAUGCCAAGAUCGCCGACUUUGGGCUCUCGAAGCUGAAGCGGAUGUCCUCGUCCGACAGCUCGUGCUUGGUCGCUGGGACGCUGGAGUACCUUCCUCCUGAAUGCUUUGACCCUGGCAAGGAUCACUACAAACCUGGUCCCCCCACGGAUAUCUACAGCUUCGGGAUCAUCAUCUGGAGCAUUCUGACGGGAAAGCAUCCCUAUGGAAUGCUUCACAUCCAGACCCUGAUCAGGAUGCUGAUCCCAAGGGGGCAGAGGCCGGACCUCCAGGAGCUGCCAGCAGAGGAUGAGCUGGAGGGGCUGGGAGACCUAAAGCAGCUCAUGGCGGAGUGCUGGAGCAACACACUGGAAAAGCGGCCACCAUUCAAAGACAUCCUGGUGAUCACAGAGAAGGUUUUCCAAUUUCACCGGGGGACAAUUCUGGAUGCCGUCCAUCGCAUUCUCUCCAACCUCAAUUCCCAGCCCACCAGUAGUGCCUCCAGCAGGAUCCUCUCCUCCCGGACUGCUGACUCCAUUGGAUCACUGCGCAGUGAGGACUCCCGCUGGGCGGACCCUCGGUCUCAACCCCCGACAUCUCCGCAGACCGGCACCAAGGCACGGGAAGCUGAGCAGUGGAGGGCCCCGCUUCCUGACCCACCAGUGCAGGGAGGAGCGACCAUAUGUCCAGCUAGAGAACAACAAGAAAGAAUGUCAGCUCCUCUAACCACGGAUCAAGGGAGGAAACCGCCACCUAUGGCCAACCCUGGGAUGAGGCAGGAGUGCGGUGGAGGCAGACAGCAGGCCAGUGCUCAGAGGAAGCUUCCGGAAGAGCCGGGAUGCUCAGCGGGCACGUUCUCAACUGGAAGGGCGGGAGAAGGUGUGGAGAGGGCACGGUACUGCAGUGGAAGAGGCAAAGUCACCGUGCUGGCCUCCAGGAUCAAAGGGCUGCAGAUCGGCAAUGGGAACACGAUGCACAUCAUCCAGAGGUCCCCCAGGAAGUAGAUUCCCGGAUUCCCUGACCUCCUGCCCAACUCCAGCCCCACCUUCACCACCAUGCCUUCUGGGGAUGGGGGGAGUGCGGAGAGCAGACAUGGAAAGACCGGGGACAGGCCCUUCAGCCCAACGAGUUGGUGCUCAUCAUCACACACCAAUGCCAUGCCCCAGCACUUGGCCCACAUCCUACCACACCUCACCUUCAUCUAGAUAUGUCUCAAAUGCCGAGGGUGACUCUGUUGCUGACCUCAGGCAGUGAAGAAGGUGUGUGGUGCCCUUGCCUUUAUAAGCCAGGGAGCAGAAGGGUUGGGGUGUUGGGUAUACUGUACCUCUCUUGGUGUACCCAAGUCAGGUGUAGCUCAUAGUCACCAGUCCAGUGAGGUACAUAUACAAUGGAAAUGGAGCAGCAUCACAGGCAUGUUGGUUAGAAUCAACACAGAAAGCAUAAAUUAUAAAUUAAUUUUAUCAGACAGCAAAGAAACAAACUGUGUAUAACAAGACAUUUGUGGGGGAAAGGAGAGUAAACAAGGAGAUAAAUCUCUGGCAAUGAAAGAGGCAGGUCUGUAAUGGUCUGUUGCUGAUGUAGCAUUAGGGUUGUGUGGGUUGGUUCAAGAAAUGAAAGGUUGUAGAGAAGUUGUUGUCCCUGAACCCAGUGGUGGGGGACUUCAGGCUUUUGCACUUCCUGGUCGAUGGUAGCUAUGAGAAGAUGGCCUGGCCCUUAUGGUGGGGACUUUUGAUAAUUAGAUAAACCCUUCCUGAUUCUGUGUAGCUCUGGGUGCCACAUUACAGGUUGUGCUGGAAAGGCUGCAGAGGAGAUUUCCCCAGGCGGUUUCCUGGUUUGGAGAAAUUUAAUCAUGGAGAGAGAUCGGAGAGGAUGGGAUUGUUUUCCAUGGAGUAAAGGAGGCUGAGCGAGACCUGGCAUAGACAGAGUAGAUAAUCAGAAUAUCAUGGCACGGUCCGUGAAGUCCGCAUUCCGGUUCAUGGUCCGGUCCGUGGACUCAGGACUCCAGUUCUUCCAGAUGUCCCUUGUUUUGGUUGAGUUAAUCAUAGGCACCUGAUUCCCAUCUUGUGGCUUGGAAUAUAAGUGGCCUUGGGGUCGAGUGUGAGCUGCUGGUUUGUCUUGUCAAGAUCCCCUGGGAGCAAUCUGCCGGUGGAAGGCUAGAGCGGCCACUUGCCAUCUUUAGGCCAUGUUGGAGAAUCACUGCUUCAUGGAGCCUUGCUGUCAGUAGUUGGGGCUGUCUUUGCGGUAUGGAUUCGGCUGUUUCCCGGGUCAGCUGAGUGGCUGCCAGCCACUCUGAUCCAGGUAGGGAUCCAGCUGUUUCCGUAGCCAGUUGAGGUUGCUGGCCGAACUGCGACUCGGAGUAACCCCGAUGCAGAGAUGGAACUGUCUGUUGUUCUUCAGUGUUUGUCUUUUCUUGUCCUUGCCUCCAUGGGGUAAGUCAGGCUGUUCUGCCAUUGCCCUGCAGGGGGAUCUGUCUUGACUUGUCCUCGCCUCCGUGGGGUAAGUCAGGCCGUUUUGCCAUUGCCCUGUGGGGUGUCCUGUUUUGUCUUGUCUUGUCUUUGCCUCUGUUGGGUAAGUCCAGCCGUCCUGCCAUUACCCAACGGAUGGUCCCGUCCCACCUUGGUGUGGAGAUGAAGUUGAGGUCCGACUUGUCUAAGGAUAAGUCCCGGCUCUGUGUUGAUGUACAGUUCCCAGUCUGCCUCCAAGCUCCAGCCUCUGAGUUAUCAGCCUGUCUCCAAGCUCAAGCCUCAAGACCCAGCCUCCUGUCCUGUAGUCAUGUCAUGUCCUUGCCUGGUUCUGGGGGCCGAGCCUGAGGCAAGACCCAGGUUCUGGGUCCUUGUCCAGUCUCUGGCUCGGAGCCCAAGCCAGGCUCCUAGUUCAUGGUUCCUCGUCCUGGUCCCGCCUUCCCAAGCCCAAGUCUGCGUUCUUGUCCCUGCUCCUUGUCUGUAUCCUGUCACUUCCCUACUCUAGUCAAGUCCUGUUCCUUGUACUUCACUGUCUGUGUCUUUCAUUUGGGUCCGCUACCAGUGCCCCCUUUGUGACACAGAAAUCCUUUCCCCCAUAGGAGAGGUGACAAAACCAAGUUGGGGGGGGUGUUAUGGGGAGUGGAAAGAUAUUUAAGAGGGAUCUGAGGAGUAAGUGUGUUUCAUUCUAGGGAGAGAUUGAUAUCUGGGAUGAGCUGCCAGAGGAGGUGGUGGAAGGAUUUACAAACAAAUAGCAAUUAGCCAGUGACUCUGAUAGGGAGAUACGGUCCUAAUGCAGGCAAAUAGGAUUGGAGUAGGUGAAGGGGAGUGUAGAAAAGUCGCCAUGAAUGCAGUGAAUUGAAAGGCCUCCAUGCUGGACCACUUGAUGACAUCCCCUUCUCUCAAUAACACGUUAAAGAUCCCAAUCUCCCUCUGGGUGAUAACAUCCCACCACUCCCUCAGAUCCCCAUUGACACCUCCUCCCGCUUCCUCUCUAGACUGACACCAUCUCGAGUGCAGACUGGCAAAUGCUGCUCAUUGGUCAGCAUAAACUCGAUGGGCUGAAGAGCCUGAUAAUGUGGAGUGCCUCUCCGUCAAUGUUGGGGGAGAUACAAGGGGGCAGAAUGUUGGGGCAGGCUGCUCCUGUUUGUUCCGCCGGGGAUUCCAACCCCUCGACUUGUAAAUGGAAAACUGGAAAUCUGCAGAUGCUGGAAAUCUGAAAUAAAGUUCUGGAAACUCACGUCCAUUCAUUUGGCGUCUGUGGAGAGGGAGAGGGAAAAGAGGAGACGCAAGGGUCAUUCCUUCUGCUAAACAAACCUGGCAUUAGAUUUGAGAAAUUAGACUGCCUCAUGGGUCCAGAUUUCUGCGUUUAAUCCCAACCUCCGUACUCUGUCUCUGUGUGUGUCUGUGUGUGUGUGUGUGUGUGUGUGUGUGUGUGUGUCUGUCUGUCUCUGUGUGUGUGUGCCUGUGUCUCUGUGUGUCAGUGUGUGUGUGUCUGUCUCUGUGUGUGUCUGUCUCUGUGUGUGUCUGUCUGUCUGUGUGUGUGUGUGUCUCUGUCUCUGUGUGUGUCUGUCUGUGUGUCUGUCUGUCUCUGUGUCUGUGUGGUUUGCACAUUCUCCUUAUGAGGGUGGGACGCAGCAGAUCUUGGGCAUGACAAGAAUGGGGUGAGAGGUGACAAGAAAUGCUGGUGCCAUACAAGGACCACAAGGACACAGUAAGGAUGUGGGGCAAGAAGGGAUGAGGAUAUCCUAGUAAACUUACACCUAAGCCUCGCAAAGAUAGCUGUCCAGGGGUCUUGAAAAUGGGUAGCAGUGGAUUCUGCCUGGGGACACUGGCAGUGAUGUCCCAGGAGGAUAUUCAUGCCUGGGUAACUGUGGAGAGGAAACACAUGAUGUCCCUGGACAGGUGGGCACCUCUAUGGGAUAAACAUCAUUAUUGACAGGGAUGGAAGUAUUUUAAUUUAAUUUAGUUCAUGUUAAUAAGUGUGUUAUUGCAUCUGUGUUUGUUGUAGUAUAGUAGAAUGUAAGUUGAAGUAAAGGUAUUUUUAUCAAGAUAAAUGACACAGAACAGGGCAGCCACUCAGUGGGCAUCUCUCCACUGCAAUCCACAGCAUCUGCACUCUACCAACUACAGGGUCCACCGGGGCAGCUCACUCUUUGAACAACCCCUGCCACACCCCCCCCCUCACCCCACUCAACCAACUGGAUGAACAAGGGCGGCAGAAGCAACAGGCACAGCACCUCUUGGAAGUUUCCCUGCAAACCGUCACAUCCAUCCUGAUUUGGAAGUACUUCCCCAUUCCAUCACUGUGCCUGGGUCAGGCGCCCAGAGCUCCCUCCCUUCAGAAGAACGUGGGUUAUUGUAGGUGCAACCCAUGCCUUGGGGACUGCAGCAGUUUGAGAAGCCAGUUGACCACAUCUUCCUGAAGGGUGUAACUCUUGCUUCGGCUAGCAGCUUAAUAUAGGUAGUGAGAGCCCCCGCCCCGCCGAACUUAAGAACUCCCAUUUGGGUGGAUGCUGAGCGAUUUUUUCUCUGUUACAAAUCAGUACCCUAAAAUAACAAACAGUACAUAAUAUGUGAUUAAACAAUUAAGUUUUAUAAUUUAUGGUUAGUAAAGAAAACGAAAAAAAAGAAAACAGGCCCAAUCUCAUGAAACAGUCUGUUGCGCAACGUAGGAGCUCACUGAUAAGCCGGUCUUCCAC